UCAAGGCCCCGCAUGGGGUAUCAUGGGGUAGUGUGCAGUCUAGUAUAUCAAACCCCAGCUCGUGAUGGCAUAACCCUGUUCGAGAGCCCCAAGCAAUCCCAUGGGCGGGCCAUGCGAGUGUGAGGAACGAGCUACUCUCUUCCGGUCCGGUUGCCCGUCUCUCAGAAACGUGCUUGCAAGGUGAUCAUGGCUCUGUAUAUAUCUUCUAACUGGCCCAUCUCGAUUGCCCUGUCCAUUGUCUUCGUGAACCACCAUCUUCUCUCUCCCAGCUGUACUUUCUGCGAGGUGGGAAACUAAAAGCCUCCUUUUCCCUUUAAUUAGGCGGAACUAUUGUUGGAGCUUAUCCUUCUGGCCUGCUUUCGUGAAGAGCACUGUCCAAUAUCCAAGCAGGGUCAUAGUCAACAUGGUCGUCGCUAUUGCGGGUGCUCCCAAAAAGGAGGCUUCCGCCAUAGCUGCGGAUGAAGCCCCAGCGUUUGAGAAGGUCAAAUGGUAUAAGGAGCCUGGGCUACGGAAGCUAUACUUCUAUGCAUUUGUCCUUUGCAUUGCCUCUGCGACUACUGGAUACGAUGGGUCGUUUCUGAACGCUGUGCAAGUUUUUCCACAAUGGCAAGAUUAUUUCGGUCACCCUGAAGGCUCUCAACUAGGUCUUCUGGUCGCUUUAUAUCAGAUUGGCAGCGUUGUUUCCAUUCCUAUCGCGCCUAUCUUCUGCGACAACUUUGGCCGGAAAGUGCCUAUCAUAAUCGGCUGCAUAAUCAUGAUUGCUGGUGCUGUUAUACAGACAACCGCAAGCUCGAUCGGUGCCUUCAUGGGCGGUCGUGUAUUGAUGGGCUUUGGAAACAGUCUCGCCCAGAUCGCCUCUCCCAUGUUACUAACGGAACUCGCCCAUCCUCAACACCGUGGUCGCCUCACUGCCGUGUACAACACUCUAUGGAAUGCCGGCGCUAUUAUCGUCUCUGCCCUGUCGCUCGGCACCAAUUACAUCGAUUCAAGCUGGUCAUGGCGCAUUCCCGCCCUCGGUCAAGGUAUUCCUUCCGUUGUUCAGAUCAUCUUCAUAUGGUGGAUCCCAGAGUCCCCUCGAUACCUUAUGGCGAAAGACAAGCACGAGAAAGCGCUCGACAUUCUAGCCCGCUAUCACGGCAAUGGUAACGUCAACGAUCCUACGGUACAGUUCGAAUACCGCGAGAUCAAGGAGACGAUCAAGAUGGAGAUGGAAGCGAAGACAAAUAGUUCAUACCUCGACUUCUUCAGGACCAAAGGCAAUCGCUACAGACUUAUGAUCCUUUUCUCCUUGGGUCUUUUCUCGCAGUGGUCUGGCAAUGCCAUUAUUUCCAACUACUCCAAUGUGCUCUAUUCACAAGCAGGCAUCGAGAGCUCGACCCAGAAAUUCGGUCUCCAAACUGGUUCCACCGCUCUCUCUCUUAUUGUGUCCAUCACGAUGGCCACGCUUAUCGACAAAUUCGGCCGACGUCCCUUGUUCCUUACGGCAACGAGCGGCAUGUUUGUCGUCUUCAUCUUCUGGACAUUGACAUCGGGACUCUACGGCGAGCACAGGGCCCCGGGUGCUGAUAAGGCGCUCAUCGUCUUCAUUUGGUUUUUCCAAAUCUUCUACUCGAUCGCGUGGUCGGGCCUCCUCGUGGGCUACGCUCUCGAGGUCCUUCCGUACAAGUUGCGUGCCAAGGGUCUCAUGAUUCUCAACAUCACUAUCCAAAUCGCGCUGCUGCUCAACGAGUACGCCAAUCCCGUGGCUUUCCAGGCCUUCGGCUUGAACCACGCGUGGAAACUGUACAUCAUCUACACGAUCUGGAUCGGUAUCGAGCUCCUCUUCGUGUACUUCAUGUACGUCGAAACCAAGGGCCCCACGCUCGAGGAACUGGCCAAGGUCAUCGAUGGCGACGAUGCAAAGGUAGCACAUCUUGACUUCGACCAGGUGGAGAAGGACGUGGCCCGUGAAAGCCACGAGCUUCACGACAAGGCCUAGAGUGUGUGGCUGCGGACGCUGGGAGCGCAGGCUGUUCCAUAGGUAAUCCAGUUUAUUUUGUUCUCUUUAUAAUGAAACCCGCAUGUUGUUGGCGUCAAGUUUGAAAGCGAUUGGGUCUGGGGGAUAUAUAAAUACAUGACGGGU